AUGGCUUUGGUGAAUCCUGAUGGAAUCUGUGAGGAGAACCAGAUGCUGUUGGAUGCCCUGCAGGUGUCCAACUGGAGAAUGGAAGCUCUCAAUAAUGCAGGUAUACUGCUAUUCAAUGCAAUAAUUACAACAACAGCUGCUUGUAUGAUGGACCUACGAAGAUAUCCACUGGAUGAACAAAAUUGCACACUGGAGAUUGAGAGCUAUGGCUAUACAACAGAUGAUAUUGAAUUUUACUGGCGUGGGGGUGAUAAUGCAGUCACAGGAGUGACAAAGAUAGAACUGCCACAAUUCUCCAUUGUAGACUACAAGCUUAUCACCAAGAAUGUUGUUUUCUCUACAGGUUCCUAUCCGAGGCUGUCACUCAGCUUUAAACUAAAGAGAAACAUUGGUUACUUCAUUCUGCAGACCUACAUGCCUUCUAUUCUGAUCACUAUCCUGUCCUGGGUUUCAUUCUGGAUUAAUUAUGAUGCUUCAGCUGCAAGAGUUGCUUUAGGAAUCACAACCGUGCUCACCAUGACAACAAUCAAUACCCAUCUUCGAGAGACUCUCCCCAAAAUUCCCUAUGUGAAAGCCAUUGACAUGUAUCUGAUGGGAUGCUUUGUCUUCGUUUUCAUGGCUUUGCUGGAGUAUGCAUUGGUCAACUACAUCUUCUUUGGCAGGGGACCCCAGCGUCAAAAGAAAGCAGCAGAAAAAGCUGCCAGUGCCAACAAUGAGAAGUUGCGAAUGGAUGUCAAUAAGGACAGAAGAAUAAUUGGCACAUAUCAUUGUCCAGAAAUGUAUUCAACAAAGAUGGAUCCACAUGAAAAUAUUUUGUUGAGCACACUUGAAAUUAAAAAUGAGAUGGCUGCCUCUGAGGCUGUUAUGGGGCUUGGGGACCCUAGAAGCACUAUGCUUGCCUACGAUACUUCAAGCAUCCAGUACCGGAAAGCUGGCUUGCCCCGACACAGCUUUGGCCGCAAUGCCCUGGAACGACAUGUGGCACAAAAGAAAAGUAGGCUACGGAGACGUGCCUCUCAACUGAAAAUUACCAUUCCUGACUUGACUGAUGUAAAUGCCAUAGAUCGAUGGUCGCGCAUAUUCUUCCCUGUUGUUUUUUCCUUCUUCAAUAUUGUCUAUUGGCUUUAUUAUGUGAACUAAAAAACAAAGCCACACAGAAAGCAAGAACUGGAUUUCUCUUCAAAUCGGUUGUACAGCCAAAAGUGGGACUUAGAAAAAUUCUAUUCAGGACAAAAGUUAUUUUAAAACACCUUAGUUGCUGGCCCACUCUAUGGUCUGUUUUCUAACAUUUGGGUUACUUCUGCUAAACUGUUAAUCUGUUCUUAAGUUACAGUAUGAACACAUUCCCCCCCAUUAAAAUAUUAGUGCAUUUGAAGUGUGGAGGUAAAAUUUGAUUGUAACGAUCAUUUCUUUUCUUCUUUUUUUUAUAUAGUAACAUGCAUAUGAGCUAAAACACACAAGCUAUUA